AUGCAGGAACAAUUUGAACCUUUGCAGAAUGAUCUGCUUCUUAGAGCUGCCAGGGGCGAAAAAGUCGAGCGGCCGCCGAUAUGGGUGAUGCGACAGGCUGGUCGUUACCUCCCGGAGUAUCAUGAAGCCAAGGGCAAUCGCGAUUUCUUCGAGUGCUGUCGGUCGCCAGAGAUUGCGUCCACGCUGACGAUCCAGCCCAUCGACCGGUACGCCGGGCUCAUCGACGCGGCGAUCAUCUUCUCGGACAUUCUUGUCAUCCCGCAGGCGAUGGGAAUGCAGGUGGAGAUGGUGGACAAGAAGGGGCCUCACUUUCCGGCGCCGCUGUCGUCGCCGGACGACGGGCAGUACGAGAAGGUCAUGCAGAAGCAGGUGGACGUCAAAGCGGAGCUGGACUACGUCUACAAGGCCAUCACCCUGACGCGGUUCAAGCUGAAGGGCCGGGUCCCGCUGAUCGGGUUUUGCGGUGCUCCGUGGACUCUGCUGUGCUACAUGGUGGAAGGCGGCGGCAGCAAAUUCUUCGUCCAGUCGAAGAAGUGGAUCUACAAGUACCCGAAGGAGUCACAGGCAUUACUGCAGAAGAUCGCAGAGAUCUGCGUCGAGUACCUUGCUCUGCAGGUCGCGGCGGGCGCGCAGCUCGUGCAGGUCUUCGACUCGUGGGCGGGAGAAUUGUCUCCGCCCACCUUUGCCACCUUCUCGCUGCCGUAUCUGCGUCAUAUCUCCGCCAACCUUCCCCGGAGGCUGAGGGAGAUGGGCCUCGAGCCGGUGCCCAUGACGGUCUUCGCCAAGGGGGCAUGGCACGGUCUCGAAGAGCUCUGCAACUCGGGCUACAACGUUGUCGGCCUCGACUGGAUGCACGAUCCUGCGGAGGCUAGACGUAUCGCCAACGGCAGGGUGACCAUUCAAGGCAACGCGGACCCUGGGGUGCUGUAUGGGGGCCGGGAGGCCAUCACUGCUGCUGUGGAGUAUAUGGUCAAGGGAUUCGAUGGUGGAAAGCAAGGAUGGAUUGCCAAUCUGGGACAUGGCGUGACACCGUUUGUGAAUCCCGAGGAAUUGAAAUUCUACUUUGAAGAAAUCCAUCGCCUGGCCGGAUCGUCGUGA